UUAUCUUGUCUACUGCCGUCAAUUAUUAACAAUCUUAAUAUUUUGGAUAAAAAAAAUCUGUAAGAGCAUUCACAGUCUGAUCUUCACGUUAAAUAAACCAACAUCAGGAUGAAACUAUUAGUUGCUAUUGCCUUUUUGGGAUAUGUUGCUGCUGGCUCUUUUGGUCGCUGCCCUGGUCCUGACAUCGUGCCCAUCCCUGGUGGUUUGAGUGGAGAUGGAAUCACCACCACAUACUGGGACUGUUGUGCUCAAACAUGCGCCCAUCGCCAAAAUGUUAAAACUGACAACGGCAUUCCUGUUCAAACAUGUGCAAUCGAUGGCACUACGAACAUCACUAUAGAUCAAAACGGUAUCGUUUCAGGAUGUAGAGUAGGAGGACAGGCAUUCGCAUGCAGUAAUCAACAGCCGUACGUCGUAAGUGACACCUUGGCACUAGGUUGGUCAGCUGCUUCUUUCACAGGUGGUAUAGACAAUUCCAAAUGUUGUAGCUGUUUCUUGUUGUCCUUUAAGGACCAGCUAGCUGGAAAACAGAUGUUGGUCCAACUUGUUAACAGCGGAACUGACUUGGCUUCAAACCACUUCGAUCUCCAAAUACCCGGAGGUGGUGUAGGUAUCUGGAACCAUGGAUGCGAUGCUCAAUGGGGAGCUGGCGAAAACGGUUGGGGUAGAAGAUAUGAUGGUGUUUCUUCCCUUGAAGAAUGUUGUCUUCUACCAGAAGUUUUACAACCUGGAUGCAGAUUCAGGUUCCAGUUCAUGGAAGGCGUGUAUAGACCCAAUGUUACCUUCCAAGAAGUACAAUGUCCUGCCGAGCUUAUUGCUGUUACUGCUUGUGGAAAUUUGAAUUAUUAAGUUAUACUUUUCAAAGAUGUUCUGUGAUCGAUCUAAUUUUUAAUGAAAAUAUAUAUUUUUACUAAUA